AUGAGGAUAGCCAUCCUCCUGAGCCUUUUGUUCCAUGCUGCUGCUGCUUUUCACCAACUACAUUACCUGGUGGUGAUCCCUGCAGAUCUCCGCUACCCAUCCACCCAAGUUGCUUGCCUCCAUAUCACCUGUUAUGAAGCAAAGCUUCAAGUGAAACUGGUCCUGGAGCACUCUGCAGGACACAAUCUCUUAGCGCAAGAAACCAUCCAGAAGGAGAAGACUUUCACAUGCGCUAAGUUCUGGGUUGCACCUCCAGCUGAUGGCACAGAGGAAAUUGCCACCGUCAAGCUGAUUAUCACAGGCCAAGGAGUCAAUAUUGAGGAGAAGAAAAAGGUCCUGAUCAGAAAGGCCAGCAGUGGCACCUUCAUCCAAACAGACAAACCCAUCUAUAAACCAGGUCAAACAGUGAAAUUUCGUAUUGUGACUCUGGAUGAGGACUUCAUUGCACUUAAUGAUUCGAUUUCCCUGUUUCUUCAGGACCCUAACAACAACCGGAUAGAGCAGUGGCUGAACGUGGUGCCCCAAGAUGGCAUUGCAGAUCUGUCUUUCCAGCUAAGUGAUGAGCCACUGCUUGGGACAUAUAUCAUCAAUGUAACCAAUGGGGAAGCAUACGACAGCUUCUCCGUUGAGGAUUAUGCGCUGCCAAGAUUUGAAGUGAUCUUUGAGGUACCAAUUAAGAUUUAUGCACUAGAUAAAACCUUCCCGCUCCGGGUAUGUGGCAGAUACACCUAUGGGAAAGUUGUCCAGGGGAUGGUUCACGUGCACCUUUGCCAGAAGAUAGCAGUGUUCUUACCCAGUGCUUCGAAACCUGAUCUCUGCCAGGAAUUCCACAGCCAGACAGACAAGAUGGGUUGCUUCUUCACAAAUGUGACCCUAUCCUCCUUCAGCCGAGACUUCCGGUACUACCAGGACAGCAUAGUUGCAGAGGCCUCACUGGUGGAAGAUGGCACAGAGAUACAGGUCAAUGCAUCCCACAAAUUACUCAUUUCCAAGAUUGGCGGAAUGGCCUUGUUUAAUGAUGUGAAUUCUUACUACCACACCGGAGAGAUGUACAGGGGGAAGAUUAGAGUCAUCGACUACAAUGGCAAGACACUAAAGCACAAAAAAGUUCUCCUCGUAGUAAGCAGCAGUGAGCAGCAGUUUCAGCAUAAGUACAUCACUGGGGAUGCUGGGGAAGUUUCAUUUAGCCUGAAUACAACUGCUUGGAACAGCACCUCAGCCUCCCUGGAGGCAAGCGUCCUGCAUCAAGAUUUGGAUAGAGAGCCUGGGACAGUUGAUUUGAAUUACCAGAAAGCCUCUCAUUUCAUACGUCCAUUCUACAGCACCAGCAGGAGUUUUCUCACUAUUGUCCAUGUGCCAGAAACGAUGCCCUGUAGUAAAAAGCAGGCUAUCCAGGUGGACUUCAGAAUCUACCAGGAAGACCUGGAACAUGGGCCCAAGCGUGUCAUUUUCUCCUACUUCUUCACGGGAAGAAGAGGGAUAGUCCAUGCAGGCCAGAAGACUGUUUGGGUUGGGCUGCCAAGAAGAUGGGAGAUGUUUGGUGAUGGGAGGCUUUGAAAGAUAUCUGAGACUCACUCCUUGUGGAGCUAAGUUUGAAUGAACAGAACCAAGAAAAGUCUUCCUCAGGUCUUAAAUACCGGGUCCAGAGAUGUGCUGAUUGUUUCAGUGGUCUUCAAAAUCUCCAUGGUCCUGAAAGAGCUGAGGA